AUGUUUAUGAUCAUUCGAGAGGGAUCCUCUGGAGGGGGUGGCAGUACAACAGUGAUGAACGGACCACAGGAGAAGACUGCGAAACAGGUGCAGGCUGCCAUUAAGAAGAAGGUGGAGAAGCAGAAGAAGAGGAGCGGUGAGAUGAACGGAGGGACGGAGGCCACGGGGAGCGGCGGGAAGCACGGCCGGCCCAGGGCGCCCAGCAUAUGCUCCGCCCCCGAGAGAGAGGAGGAGGAGGAGGAGGAGGAGCAGGAGCUGAAGAAGAGGGAGAAGGAGCAGCUGGACCUGCUGCCCAUUGUGGAUUCGGUCUUCGGGCAGGACAGAGAUCUGCGUCCAGAGGAAAUUGAAGAGUUGAAGGAAGCUUUCGUGGAGUUUGAUAAAGACAAGGACGGCUUCAUCAACUGCAAAGACCUGGGAGAAUGCAUGAGGACCAUGGGAUACAUGCCAACAGAGAUGGAGCUCAUCGAGCUCAGCCAGCAGAUCAGUGGUGGCAAAAUUGAUUUUGAGGACUUUGUGGAGCUAAUGGGCCCCAAGAUGUUGGCCGAGACAGCGGACAUGAUUGGAGUGAAGGAGCUAAGAGAUGCCUUCAAAGAGUUCGACUCAAACGGUGACGGUCAGAUCAGCCUCACAGAGCUCAGAGAGGCCAUGAAGAAGCUGAUGGGAGAACAGCUGAACCCUCGAGAGAUCGACGAAAUUCUGAGGGACGUGGACCUCAACGGGGACGGGCUGGUGGACUUUGAGGAGUUCGUCCGCAUGAUGUCCCGCUGAUACCAGCAGGGCCUAACUGAUCAAGG